CCGGGCGUCAGCACCAUGGACAGCAGCAGCAUCCCCACGAACGCCAGCAAUUGCACGGAGUCCUUCAUGCCCUCUUCAAGUUGCUUCCCAGCACCCAGCCCCGGUUCCUGGGUCAACUUGUCUCACUUUGAUAGCAACCUGUCCGACCCAUGCGGUCCGAACCGCACCGAGCUGGGCGGGAGCGACAGCCUGUGCCCUCCGACCGGCAGUCCUUCCAUGAUCACGGCCAUUACCAUUAUGGCCCUGUACUCUAUCGUAUGCGUGGUGGGUCUCUUCGGAAACUUUCUGGUCAUGUAUGUGAUUGUCAGAUACACCAAAAUGAAGACGGCCACCAACAUCUACAUUUUCAACCUUGCUCUGGCAGAUGCCUUAGCAACCAGUACCCUGCCUUUCCAGAGUGUCAAUUACCUGAUGGGAACAUGGCCGUUUGGAACCAUCCUCUGCAAGAUCGUGAUCUCCAUAGAUUACUACAAUAUGUUCACCAGCAUUUUCACCCUUUGCACCAUGAGUGUUGAUCGGUACAUCGCAGUCUGCCAUCCUGUCAAGGCCCUGGAUUUCCGUACUCCCCGCAAUGCCAAAAUUGUCAACGUUUGCAAUUGGAUCCUCUCUUCAGCCAUCGGUCUGCCUGUGAUGUUCAUGGCAACAACAAAAUACAGGCAUGGUUCCAUAGACUGUACACUAACAUUCUCUCACCCAACGUGGUACUGGGAAAAUCUGCUGAAAAUCUGUGUCUUCAUCUUCGCCUUCAUCAUGCCUGUCCUCAUCAUUACUGUGUGUUAUGGGCUGAUGAUCUUACGUCUCAAGAGUGUCCGCAUGCUCUCGGGCUCCAAAGAAAAGGACAGGAACCUGCGAAGAAUCACCAGGAUGGUGCUGGUGGUUGUGGCUGUGUUCAUCGUCUGCUGGACGCCCAUUCACAUUUACGUCAUCAUCAAAGCUUUGAUUACCAUCCCAGAAACUACUUUCCAGACAGUAUCCUGGCAUUUCUGCAUUGCUCUAGGUUACACAAACAGUUGCCUGAAUCCAGUCCUUUAUGCAUUUCUGGAUGAAAACUUCAAACGAUGCUUCAGAGAGUUCUGUAUCCCAACUUCGUCCACCAUUGAGCAACAAAACUCCACUCGAAUUCGUCAAAACACUAGAGAUCAUCCUUCCACUGCCAAUACAGUGGACAGAACUAACCACCAGAUCAGAGAUCCAAUAUCAAACCUUCCCAGGGUGUCUGUGUUCUGA